CCCAGUCGGCUUUCCGCCGCGUUUUCUCCUUGCUACACUGAUCUUUCACCUGCUUUUUCGACGAUGCGCCCGCCGUCUCCGUCGAUCCCCGAGCGCGAGUUCCUACUCAACGCCCUCAGGCAGUCCCGCCGCCUUGACGGCCGUCGCUUGCUCGACAUGCGCAAGCCGAUCAUCACCUUCAACGAGGAGAUGGGCUACGUCGAGGUCGCGCUCGGAAAAACCAAGGUUAUGGCACACAUCGAGAGCCGGCUGGUGAGGCCACCGCCGGAGCGCCCGUACGAGGGCAUCAUCAGCAUACACUCGGAGGUAUCGCCGAUGGCAUCCAGCGAAUACGAAGCCGGUCGUCCGUCCGAAGAGGAGGUCACGAUCACGCGCAUGCUCGACAAAGUGAUCCGACGGAGCGACACCGUCGACAAGGAGUCGCUGUGUAUCCUCGCUGGGCAAGUGGUAUGGCAUCUUCGGCUCACCCUUCACUUCCUCGCCGAUGCCGGUAACGUGCUCGACUGUGCAUGUCUUGCGAGCAUCGUCGCGCUCCGACAUUUCCGGCGACCCGAAGUCGAGGUCGUGGGCGAGGACGUCGUCCUACAUCAACCCGACGAACGCGCGCCUGUCCCUCUCGCCAUGCACCAUACGCCCUUCUGCUUCACGUUCGCCUUCUUCCAUCCCCCAUCCUCGUCCACCGUCGACGAGAUCAUCACCGUGCUCGAUCCGAGCCUGCUCGAACAAACAUUAUGCGGGGGCACGAUGUCUGUCGCACUCAACGCCCAGCGCGAGUUGUGCGUGGUCCAAAAAGCAGGCGGCGUGCCCCUCGCACAACACGAGAUCCUGCACGUCGUCAACCUCGCAGUACAGCAAGCCAAGCUCAUGGAACGUUUCGUCGAGGACACGCUCGCGAGCGACUGGGAGAAGAGGAAGAAGACGGUCGAAGUCCGAUAAUGACGCGACCUGAACGCCGUGUACCUCCGUUCCCCCGUUCACAUAUCUUAGGUCGCCGUGGCUUCUUGGCCUUUUUAGCCCUCCCGUCGCCGCCGUGUUCGGUUCGAGCCUCGGCUCCCGACGCCGUUGAAUGCGGAGGGGAAGAAGUAAGAAGGGCGUCAGGCGUAUACGUCAUGCGUAUGCGGCCCGAAGCAGCGACAGCGGCAGCCCGCUAGGUGCACAAGUCGAAGGAAGUCUUCCCCAACACUCUGUAUUAGGUACUCUACUACUGUGUCUCAAGUGUUAUAACGCGCCGCAUCCUUCAUCACGCAUACAUCUACGUCCAACUUGUCUAUACAAUCCCACUCUCCUCGCAACUCCUUCCAUUCGUGCCCUCGUGCUUACCCCCACUAAUCUACUACGUGUACCCGAAUUGACCGUCCAUGUCUCUCCAUUCUGAUCCCCGCGGUCGCAAGUCGAUCU